AUGGAAGAAGAAAAAGCAGCGGCGUACUACGAUGAGCUGACCCGUAAGGGCGAGAGAGCUGCGAGGUUCAAGCAAGGUCUCGGCUUUUCCUCUUUAGCACCAAACAACGACAUUCCAAAACCCUCCUCCUCCUUCCUCUCCAAAUUCGUCAAAGCCUCCUCCAAGUCGAAGAAGCAAGCGCAACUCCAGUCCAUCCACGACAAGCUCAAGAAAAAGCCCUCUUUCGAGUCUAAGGUUUCGAGCAGGGAUAGGGACAACGAUAGAAGUAGAAGACGAAGCAGGGGUAGAGAGAGACAUAAGGAUAGUGAAAGAGGGAGACAGAGUAGUAGAAGCAUUUCUCCUCGCAAGCAACGCAACUCGGAGAAAGACGCGAAUGAUAGAGGGAAAGGAAUAUGUUGUUUGGUUGCUAUUGAAAUGAGACAAGGUGAAGCCAAUUUGACCCAGGGUCCCAAGGUCAAUUUGUUGCAGCAUGCCAAUGCUCUUGAGAAUUUGUCCUCCCAAGCCAAAUUUUUCUAG